UCAGGUGUUUCAACUGAAAUAGCCAAGAUGUCUAGAAAUGUAACUUUUCCAGAUCUGUUUGAGCUCUGCUUGACAAUACUUCAAGAAAAAAAGUCUGUAGUAGUCUAGAAAUGGCUGAGGUACCAAAGAUAAGAAAACCAGAAGCAUGGUGGCUGUCCUUAUUACUAAUAUUUGAAGGACAGAGAGAGCUAUAGAUUGGCAGACUCCUCUGCUGCUUUUUGAAUUCCUGAAAAAAAAUCUGUCACAAAAGCUAUUUGUAAGCAUCUAGAAUGUAAUAGCUGAGUAAAAGUCAGCAUCAGUUUGUCAAUUAUUGAAAUUAUCUAAUUUGUUUCAGUGAUGACUGAUAGACCUACUGUCAGUGAGAGGAUCAGUUGAUGUCUUACAUUUGGCUUAAUAGGACUUUUGAUUCUGUUCCUUAGGAUGUUUUUGCUUGGGAAGCAAAGCUGGGAAGAGCUACUGUUGUGACUAAGAAGGCCAGUCCCUUGUCAACUACUCUUCAUGGUUUUUGCAGUUUUCCUAAUGAAAUAGUGUGAUGAUUAAAACUUAAGGCAGCACAAAACUAGGAGAAAUUUCAAGUCUUUUUGAGUGUGGUAAUGGAAAUCAAAAUGCCUUAAAGAUUCAGAAACUUGUGAGAAGGGAAUGGGUACAAAUGAGCGGAGUUUUGUGUUUGUGCUUAAGCAGGAGCAAUCAGCUACCGAAUACAUGAUAGAGAACAGUUUAUUGGAGGAAAAGAAUCUGUGAAGGGAACAUCACUCAGGGUUUUAGUUCUAUUUAUGCUUUUCAGUAAGACAUGUGAAGCAAUAUUUGCCCUCAGUUCAGGCCUUCUCAGGCAUUAGCUGGGAGACUGAGGGGGAGGCAGUUCCUGGUCCUUGUAGAAGGAAGUGGGUAAGCUGGGGAGAGUGUCAAGGGCAACAGUGAGAAAUUUGCAGAAAGUGUGAUAGUAGGCUGACUGGGAAGGAUUGAAACACCAAUUACAUUAGUCUACAAAAGGAACAGUCUGCUGGUAAAAUGUUUUCCUGCAAAGUGUGAAAAAACCCAAACAACUGAGGUACAGUCUGGUCUGGGAUUUCUGAUUAAAGGGGUAUUGGAAUCCACUUUAGUGGGACCAAGGUCCUUUCUUCACAGAUACGCUCUUCUCUUUUUAGCCCUUCUUUAAGAAUAUAAUAUUGGAGUGUCUUUGAUAAAUUUGGUGCUAUGUAAAAACUGUAAGAAAGUGUGGUUUUUUUCAUUCUCUGCGGUUUCAUUCGGUAACUUGAGUAUUUCUGUACCAGGCAGAGUAGUUAGUUCAUUUGUAAUGUAGAUGGUCAUGAGUGUGGUUAGUCUUGAGGUUGGCAGAGUAAUUUAAUACUGUUGAUAGUAGGGAGUCUCCACGGGAAUUAAGUCUGAACUGAGCCCUUCCCAAUGCUUGCAAAGAGUAAAAGUCAGCUGAGUAAAAUUAAAAAGUUUACUGAUUUGGUCUGUGUCUGAAAUGAAGCAAGAAAACCACCAACACAAGAGCAUGUCCUUGUCUUUUUUUGGUUAAGGUGCACUUCCGGUACCGGAGUUUCAGCCUUUGGUCUUAUUUGUAUUAAUAUGUAGUUGCCUAGUUCUUUGGAAACAGAGUAUGCCGAUAAAUACUCCUUCAUUCAUAGUGAGGGAUUGUGUUACUUUGUCAUUACUUUAAUAGGAGCAUCUUCUAAGUCAUUUAAGGUUGUGCAAUACAAGAGAACUCUUCUGAAAGUAGUUAUUUGUCUCAGGAGAACAUUUUUUAGAAAUUCAGGGAUUUCAGCUAGAGUGUUACUAGGGAGCUGUGUGCUAAUAGUGAGAAGGCUGUCUAAAUAAAGUGAAGAAACAGAAUGAUGGGUAAGGAGCUUACCUUUCUUUAGCUAACAACCAGAUUCAGAGGCAAAUGCUGCUUUCCACAGGAAGACAAGGCUUUAUAGCCUAGUAUACUGUAUUUUAAGGUCUGAUUCUAGUAGCACAGGUCCUGAAUGUGUCUGCCCUGUUAGGCUGGAUUUAGUUCACAGGAAGAGCUCCUCUCAAGCAUUACAUUUCUCAUUUUGAGGACUUUUUUCCAUUUAAUCUAUUUGUGUGGAGAGCUAGUUUUAAGUUGUUUCUGUCUAAAAAUUUAAACUGUUUGUGAUUACAUUAAUUCAAAAUAACUGUCAUUAAUCGCACUCUUGUAAAAAAAUAGGCCUUUCAUUUUGUGUUUUUAGAUCAAAAUCACAAAGACAAACAUAAAGAUGUAGUUUACUGAUAACUGUAAAUCCACUUCUGUCUUUGAAAGCGAGUUAAGUUGUAGUAGGAACUCAAUUCCCUCUUUGUUUUAGCCUAUCCAGUGCAUUUUUAUAGUACUUCUGGAAGUUCCUUCGUGGUAGUAGCUGAGUGCAGCAUCUUGCACAAAAACUUUUCACCCUCUGUUUUGAUAGCAGCUUUUUAGGUGUGACUGUAGUAAAACUUCAUGACUAAUAAAGUGUAUGCCAUAUAAUUUCUUUUGUUUACGUAGCAAAGGUGUGGCUGUAAUGGGCACCCAAAGCUACAGGUCAGAUAGCACUGCCUUAAUGAAGUCGAUACAUAAUUGCUUUGUAUUUUUAUUUUUGUAGAAUUUGCUGCAGUACUAUAAAUACAGAAGACUGUUUUCUGAGGAAACAAGAAUGUUCUGAUCUCCUUUCUCCAGUGAGCUGCACCGUGUGGCUGGAGCAGUCGUUCAACAAUGAGUGGUGCAGCGCUGGGCCUUGAGAUAGUGUUUGUCUUUUUUCUGGCCUUAUUCCUACUUCAUCGGUAUGGGGACUUCAAGAAACAGCAUAGGCUUGUGAUCAUAGCAACAUUGUUGGCGUGGUAUCUCUGCUUCCUUAUUGUAUUUAUACUGCCUCUGGAUGUCAGUACGACUAUUUAUAAUCGAUGCAAACUUGCUGUUAACUCCAGUCCUGCAGAAAGUAAUGGCUCUUACGUUACUCUUGCUCCAAGCAAACAAAAAUGUUUCAAACCUUGGAGUUAUAUUCCUAAUGGAAUUAUGCCAAUUUUCUGGCGUGUUGUGUAUUGGACGUCUCAGUUUCUAACAUGGAUUCUGCUACCUUUCAUGCAGUCAUACGCAAGAUCAGGAGGGUUCUCCAUUACUGGAAAGAUUAAAACUGCGUUGAUUGAGAAUGCAAUAUAUUAUGGCACUUACUUGCUGAUUUUUGGGGCGUUUUUAAUAUAUGUGGCUGUAAACCCAAACUUCAAUUUACAAUGGAACCAACUUCAGACUAUUGGGAUAGCUGCUGCAAACACAUGGGGUCUCUUUCUUCUUGUGUUGCUUUUGGGUUAUGGUUUGGUGGAAAUCCCCCGUUCUCACUGGAAUGGGGCUAAGAGAGGUUAUCUGCUCAUGAAGACUUAUUUCAAAGCUGCCAAACUGAUGACUGAAAAAGCAGACGCAGAGGAGAAUUUAGAGGACAUUAUGGAGGAAGUGCGUAAAGUAAGUGAGAGUAUCAAAUAUAACCACCCCUUGAGAAAAUGUGUUGAUACAAUACUGAAAAAGUGUCCUACUGAGUACCAGGAAAGAAUGGGUAGGAACAUGGAUGAUUAUGAAGAUUUUGAUGAAAGACAGAACAGUUAUCCAAGUGAGAAAAGUCUGGUCAAACUUCACAAGCAGGUGAUCUAUUCAGUACAGAGACACCGUCGUACACAGGUCCAGUGGCAAAUUCUUUUAGAGCAAGCAUUUUACCUAGAAGAUGUGGCAAAAAAUGAAACAAGUGCUACACGACAGUUUGUUCAUACCUUUCAUUCCCAGGAACCAGAGAAUAAAAUUAUUCAGUAUUUCUACACACCAACUGUUGAGUGGUACUGGGAAUGUCUUCUACGACCAUGGUUUUACAGGGUGCUUGCAGUUGUGCUGGCUACGUUCUCUGUAAUUGUUGUGUGGUCAGAGUGCACAUUUUUCAGCACAAAACCAGUUCUAUCACUAUUUGCAGUUUUCAUACAGCUGGCAGAAAAGACAUACAAUUAUAUCUACAUAGAGAUGGCCUGUUUUCUUACCAUCUUUUUCCUAAGUAUCUGUGUUUACUCUACUGUCUUCAGGAUCCGUGUAUUUAACUAUUAUUACUUAGCUUCACAUCAUCAGACAGAUGCAUACAGUCUCCUUUUCAGUGGCAUGUUAUUUUGCCGUCUUACUCCACCAUUGUGCUUGAACUUUUUGGGCUUGACCCAUAUGGAUGCAACAAUCUCUCACAAAAAAACUCAGCCAACUGCUUAUACAUCUAUAAUGGGAUCCAUGAGAGUGCUGUCCUUCAUUGCAGAUGGGUUCUAUAUAUACUACCCAAUGCUUGUUGUCAUCCUCUGUAUUGCCACAUACUUUAGUUUAGGAACUCGUUGUUUGAAUCUUUUGGGAUUCCAGCAGUUCAUGGGGGAUAGCGAAAUGACUUCUGAUUUGAUUGAUGAAGGAAAAGAGCUAAUCAGAAGAGAGAAAAGAAAACGACAGAGGCAGGAAGAAGGUGAAAACAGAAGAAGGGAAUGGAAGGAGCGAUAUGGAAAUAGAGACGAUUCCACUAGAAACAGAGCUGUCCACACAGACCAAAAAGAAUCCAGCUUCACAGAGACCAAUGCCAAUAGACCACUAUCAAAGUAUACCCGAUCAAAUGGCAGGACUGAAAGAGAUAGAAUAGAACUCCUCCAGGAUGCAGAACCUUUGGAUUUUAAUGCAGACUCUGUUAACGAUGACCCUCUUGAAUCAGACUCGGGAAGGUACCAGCCUGGUGGAAGAUACCUGUCAAUGUCUCGAAGCAAAAUAUUUGAUGAUGUCUAAGCUCCUCAAUGCUAAAGAAAAUUCAGUGGAAGUCUAGCUCCUUCUCAUUGCUUGGAAAAUACUGUAUUAUCACUGAACCAUCAAAGACUGUUUCUGUUUAAAAAAAAAUAUGAAGGAACAAUUUUGGAAAUGCACGUGUAUGAUAAGUUCACCACUUAUGAUAAGAACAUGCUUCUUCUAUUGUAGAUACUGUUGUGCAUCAGUGUGGGCUUUUGUGUCACGAUGAAAAGGAGAAGACUAUUAAUUUAAUAAGUUGUAUAUACCUGGAACUGUAUAUACAAUUUGAACUGUAACAUUCUCAGUUCUAGGAAGAAAUUUUCUGGAAGGAUUUUUGUUGGUUUUUUUUUUGUUCUUUAACUGAUGCUGUGAGAGCAUCUUAAUGCAUCCAAAGUGCAGUUAUAUCAAUUACCAUAAUAAACACUUCCUAUAACUUUUCUAUUUGAACUUUAGUUCAAAAUCUACUGAAUAAAAUUAAGGCUGCUUUUGCCUUCAGUGGUGUUGAAUCAGACUCAUAUAAGGAGAAAGAUUGAGUGGCAGGCUGUUCCUCAUAAAACCAUAAAAAUACACGUUCCAGUAUUUAAAGACUGGCUACAAAAAAGAUGGAGACUCCCUUUUUAAAGGGAGUCAAAUAGAAAAGAUGAGGGGUCAUGGGUACAAGAUAAUCCUGAGGAGAUUCCAGCUGGACACAAUUGGAAAUUUUUGCACAAUGAAAACAAUCAUCCAUUGCAAUAAUCUCCCCAGAGAAGUGGUGGAUUCCCUAAGAUUGGACAAUUUUAAGAUUUGGCUGGGCAAAGUGCUGAAUUGUCUUGUCUAGACUGUGCUUUUGCUGAGAAAGGUUGGACAAUAGAAUCAUAGAGUCACAGAAUGGUUUGGGUUGGAAGGGACCUUAAAGAUCAUGUAGUCCCAACUCCCCUGCCCUGGGCAGGGACACCUUCCACUAGAUCAGGUUGCUCAGAGCCCCAUCCAACCUGUCCUUGAACACUUCCAGGAUGGGGCAUCCAUACCUUCUUGUCUGGGCAACCUGUGCCAGUGCCUCACCACCCUCACAGGCAAGAAUUUCUUCCUAUUGUCUAAUCUAAACCUACUCUCUUUAACUUUGAAGCACUUCCCCCUUGUGCUAUCACUACAGUUUCUGGUGAAGGUCCCUCUCCAACUUCGUUGUAGGCCCCUUCAGAUACUGGAAAGUUGCUAUGAGGUCUUCUUGCAACCUUCUGUUCUCCAGGCUGAACAGUCCCAGCUCUCUCAGCCUGUCCUCAUAGGGGAGGUGCUCCAGACCCCUUUUCUUUCAUGGCCCUCCUCUGGACUCCCUCCAUUAGGUCAGUGUCCUUCCUGUGCUGGGACCCCAGAGCUGGAUGCAGUGCUCCAGGUGGGGUCUCACCAGAGCAGAGCUGAGGGACAGAAUCCCCUCCCUCGACCUUGCCCACCCUGCUUUGGAUGCAGCCCAGGACACAUUUGGCUUUCUGGGCUGUGAGUGCACAUGGCCGGGUCAUGUCCAGCCUCUCACCCACCAGCACCCCCAAGUCCUUCUCAGAAGGGCUGCUCUCAAUCACUUCUCUGCCCAGCCUAUAGCUGUGUCUGGGAUUGCCAUGAUCUAGGUGUAGGACCUUGCACUUCACUUUGUUGAACUUCAUGAGGUUUGUACAGACUCACCUCCCAAGCCAGACCAGGUCCUUCUGGAUGGCAUCCGCACCCUCCAGGGUUUUGACUGCACCACACAGCCUGGUGUUGACAGAUAAUCCUUGAGGUCCCUUCCAGCCUGGUAUUCUGUGAUUCUGUGAAAUUUGGUGGCGUAAAUUUUGGAGCAAUGUGUGUUGGUGAAGAAAGGCUCUAUUUUUUUCUUUUCCAACAUUAUAAGCAGAUAAAUGAUUUUAGCAUGUGUAAAUAGUUGAAAUUCAAUAUGGACCAGUUUCACUGUCUUAAGAGCAUGUGUGCAAUAGCAAGAAUACAUUAUCAAAGAUACAAUGUCUGUUUAAGAUCUUUACAGUUGUAAUGAUUCAAAAUUUUGGCACACUAGUGUUUUUGUAACUGUUAAAGAAAUAUACUAUGAAAAUUGAGUUAAAUACUGAAACAUGAUAAUUUGCACGCACCUCAGGCACGGCUUCAAACUGUAGAGUAUUUCUUUAAAAGAAGGGAAAUACAUAGCAUGACUAGAUAAUGGCAAACACUUUUAAUAUCCUGAAUACCCUGGUUGCAUUAUGUAUCAGUUUUUCAGGUGCCUGUAUUUUGCAGUAAGUUGUUGCAAAAGGAAUAAUACUUAUUCAUUUGUAUGCCAUUCAAAAAUGCCAAUUAUUGACAGUGUAGAAAAGCUUCACAUUAAUUUUAUUGGUGUAGAUACAUUUUUAAACCGUAGUUACUUGAAUGAAGUUUCAAAUGUAAUCAUAAGGUAAAAGAUGUGGUCAAAUUCAUGAUAACUUUGGUAAUUUGAAUAACUUAAAAUAUUGCUCUUUUGCAGUUUGUCUGAAGUCUUUACCACUUGGGAGUUUUCUUAUGUGCUUAUUGCAGAGUUAUGUUGAAAACUGAAAUAGAACCUGUUUCUAUCAAAUAUUCCUUAUCAUGCUUCAAAAAAAGAUGUCUCAUAAAGCAGCUACAAAUGAGUUGUUCAGAAAAGUAAGUUUUCAUGAAUGACAUAUUCUACUAAUUUUUAAAAAUAAGUCUGUGUUUUCUGAAGUUUAUUGUUAAUGGGGAUCUAACUCUACCUCCUGUGAUUUAGUAUGUGUUCUAACAGUAGUGGUAUUUGUAAUAUAUUGAUCUGCCUGUUUUAAAACACUGAAUUGUUACUAUGAAGAAGAAAAAAAUCUCUAUUUGUAUAGAAAUAACUAUAUUAAUAAAUUGGCAGACAUACAGUAAUUGUCAGUUUUGUUCUUAGGUGAAUACACUGAAUGUCAGCCAUGCCCACAUGUAUUCAAGCUCAUGCAAUUUCCAGAUUGCUUAUAUGAGGGCACUUUUCUAGUUUGGGUAUUUUGUGUUUGUAAAAGCUUGUUCCAAAUCUUAUCAGGGACUGGAAGUUGAGAAAAUGAGUCUUUAUUCAGAGUUUUCUUUAGCAUCUCUAUGUUAGCACCUGUUUAAUUUAUUUUAGUUCUACUUAAAAGUGCUAUCCUGAAUUCAGCCUUAUGGGAAAGGCUUUGUAUAUGUUUUUGGACAUCCAUCCACAUGAAUGCUCUUAGACUUGAUAUUUCUAUUUUAAGAAUUUAUAUCUCAUUUAAUUGCCCAAAAGUUUAUUUAUAAAAAUCUUGGAAUGAAAUAAGAUUCAAGUUCUUUGCUUAACCCUUGAAAUGUCACUGUAAAAGGGAUCUAAUUCAGUGCUAAUGGCAAAACUAUAGAAGGAAUGUUUGUUUUUCUGCAUGUCUGUGAAGUAUCCUUACCUAGUCCUUCGUGACUUCAGAGACUUGGAUCAAGACUUCUUGGGGCCUGGUUUUUCCCCUCUCAGUGAAAUGGCUGCAAACAGAAUUUUCAGGGGAAACAUGGUCAGGAUUUUAUAUACAAAAGAUAACUAGUCCCUGGUGUAAGCCCUCUGUGCAGUUUCACUGGAAUAUAAUAAUUUGAGGACUUGACUGUAUAAAUUAAUGGCAGUGGGAUUUCAGAUUCUAACAUGGACAUUCUGAGCUCAUUGGGAUGGGAAUCCGCUGAUCUUUUUUGAUGUUGCAGUGGAGUAAGGGAGUAACCAGUGAGUGCUUUUUGAGCUCUGAAGAUCUCUAAAGAUUUCCUGGAUUGCACUUGGCAAUCCCUGGAGUGUCACAUCCUCCCUGGAUGCUGUUUAAGUAAGGAGUUGAUAAGUGAAGUCAUGUUUCAUCUGUAGUGUGCAUUGCUGACCAGCAAGUUACUCUUGCUCUGAUUAUGUGCAAUUUGUCGGCCAGUUAAUCUAAAGUGUGUUGUGAAAACUAGUUAUGGGUUCAUAUCACUAAAUCUGGAAGACUUCAAAUAAAGAAAUAGAGAGUACAACUAUAAAAGAACAUUGUAGAAAUAAGGGAUGUGCCGGUACAGCAUUUGCUCUCUGCUUGAGCUAGUUUUAAACUCAUUUGCUUACUGAUCAUACCAACAAUACAGAACUUGCCUGGGAGCUCUGUGCCUAAGGAUUUACCCCUCUCCUGAGAGGUGGUGGAUGACCCAUCCCUGGAAACAUUCAGGCCCAGGCUGGACAGGGCUCUGAGCACUCAGACUAGUUGAAGAUGUCCUGGCUGACUGCAGUGGGGGGUUGGCCUAGAUGGCCUUUACAGGUCCCUUCCUACCCAAACCAUUCUGUGACUCUGUAGUGCUUCCCAGCCAGACCGUGGCAACUCUUGAUGGGUUCUAUGCUGCUGUAGCUUGAGUCCCAGCAGUGCUGCAGCUGAACCAAGUUAAAACUCUCUUUGAAAUGUGGAGCAGUGACUAUACUGUAGGCUAAUGGCAUUCCUGCAUCCGAUUUGAUGUUCCAGAUUAGGUGAUUUUUAAUACAACUCCCUUGCAAACUGUGCUUUUGGGAACUGAGUGUUAAUGUAUUUUUUUAAUCAGUAAAUAUAGUCAUAUUUAUUUGCAGCUGAAGAAUGUCAGUUAUAUAUUUCUUUAUUAUUUCACCUCUGAAUUACGGAGCAGUGUGUGUGUACGUUUCACCAUCAUUUCUGCAGUUUUCUCUUUGUCUGUAAACACCAAAAAAAAAAACCCCAAACACCAGAAAUUCUACCCAAGUUAAGUACAAAUGUUUGAAUGUCUUCAUGUCAAAGAUUUAAACGAGUGAAAAGAAUGCAUUCAAGUCACAAUGAGCUUCAAAAAGCUGGAGUGAAAACUGUAGCUGCUUUAGUACUCUGUCAGUGUUGGAGUUCUUAAAAAGUACAGAUAGCAAAAAGCUCUUGUCAAACUUAAUACUCCUGCAUUAGAUUUGUAGUUCUCUUUUUUUCAUGUGUUUAAAAACAUACCUAUUUUUAUAUGUAUAUUGGGAAAUAAGUCCUCUACUCUGCUGAAGAGAGGUGCAUCUCAGAGGUGAAGUGAGGGAGUCUUUUGUGAGGGAAGGUAAAGGAUAUGUAACUUGUAAUCUGUGCUAAUAGUGACACUUUGGGCAAACGACAAUGGAGCUUAUUAUUUAGGUAAAGUAACCUGUAACAGUAAGAAAAACUUUAUACUGCUGUAAAUUAGCACUGCUGGAAAAACUAUGGUAUAUAAUCUGCCUUUAUUUUGCAAUCAAACACUUGUAAAAUAGCCAUUAGCAGAAUUAAUAGGAAUGGUGGAAAGCUGCUGUCUUUUCAAUAUUUAUGCUUGCGGUUUUAAAAUAUAACAUGACAACAAUUUUUACAUAUGAAGUAUUAAAAAAGUGAUUAUUAUGAUUUUCUGUGAUUAUGAUAAUUUGUAUUUUAUUAAAUUUAUCUUGGAAUACUGUAAAUGUUGUGUGAAAAAUACUACAUAUUGUUUCAGUUUUCAUUAUUGCUGUAAUUACUUGAAAUAUGGGGGCAUUCACAAUACCAAAUAGAGAUCACCUUAUGAAGGAGAACUUUUUAUGAGGCUUCUUAAAGAAAUCUAACUUGUUCAUUACAGAAAAAUAUGUGCAUCUUAAUUAUUAACAAGAACACUACUAAGGGGAUAUGUUGUGUCCUAGCUUUUAUUUUUUCUUUGAAAUUCAGAAAAUUGUUACUUUUUUCAGAGCAGUUUACUUUGUGAAUCUUGUAAACUUUUUGAAACUUUUACAUUCCUUUUCCCUAAUGGGCUCUGCAGGAAUAUGUACUGCUUCAUGGCAGUUAUCUAAUACUAGCUGUGCCUCUAAGUAGUCUAGUCUGAAGCUGAGACACUCCUACACCAUUUGAUUAUGUUAACAGAAACUCGGCAUUCCUAGCA